AUGUGCCAAACCCUCCGCAACACUGCCAGGCGCCUUGCGCCGGUGCGAUCAUGGCAACAUCUAUCACGCGCCUUGAGCACGUCUACACCACAAGCGUCGAUAUCCACAAGCAUCCCCCAAAGGACAUUGCGAACAGCGAGAUGGACACAGGACCUGAGCACGCCUAGCAGGAUACCAAGCACACAUCCCUCAGCAGGGCAAGCGUCGAGAAUGCUACACACGACGGCACCAAGACCCGCGCGCGUGUCGCAGCAGCAUCAGCGAGGAGCACAACCGCCAGAAGAACGUGAGGCGGGCACCGGGGGCACCGACAUGGGCAGCCUCGACGUGCUGGCCGACGCGCCGGAGCCCGAGUUUUCCAUCUCGGCGUGUCUGGCCGACGGCUUCCGGCUCGCCAACGGCACCACGGUACGCGACUCGGGGCUCCUGCUGGUCGACGGCGAGGCCUUUUCCUGGCGGCCGUGGGGCGACCAGGCGCCGUCGUCGCCGAACCUGAAGCUCGUCAACGCCAAGGGUCAGUGGGAGCUUCCCAACCCCGAGGAGGCGCUGGCGGUGCUGGGUCUCGUCUGGCCGAGGCCCGACCUGCUACUGCUGGGCCUGGGUGCCGAGAUGCGGCCGCUUUGUCCCGCGACGAGGAAGUUUAUCACCGCGCUGGGCAUCAGGGUCGAGGUGCUGGACACGAGGAACGCCGCUGCGCAGUUCAACCUGCUGGCUACUGAGAGGGGCACCAGGGAUGUUGCUGCCGCGCUCAUCCCGGCUGGGUUUGGGCGUGGUGUCUGA